AUGCCGAGAGGAAAGGGAUACCGCCGGUCUUUGGCAGCCAAACUGAAGAAUGCACGCCGCAACACACCUCAGCUUCCCACUCCUGAAGUGAUUCUUGUGCCGCGUGGUGGCGCAUGUUGUGGAACAGGGUUUCGUCAUAAAGUCAACAGAUGGGACAUUUCAGAGGUUACUGGGAAACAACACAAGCUCAUCAUUCCUCCAGAGGUCCCAGACAAGAAGUUCAUUCUGGUUGUCGGCGAUUCCCAUCUGCGGGCUAUGGUCGACGGGAUCGUUCCGAUGCCGAAGUCAAAGGACGUCCCGCUGUCGUUUGGCUUCCUGUCUGUGCCUGGGGGCUGUGCUGCCGACCUGAGGGCAGAGUUGAUCAACGCCUCUCUUCCCCGGACCCCAGAUGCUAUCUGUGUCUUGGCACCCAGCAACAACAUCACUGCAGACCAAACCAUCAGUGAAGCGGCGGCAGAUUUUCGCAAACUACUGGUCAGCGCCCGCAUCAUCUGUGCUGAGGUCUUUGUUGUCGACUUCCCACCGCGUUUGAACUGUGCCCUGGACGUACAACAGAGUUAUCUUGAGGAGUACCAUAAGGUUGAAGCUUCGUUGGGUGUUACCUGGUACCCUGUUGAGAAGAAGUUCCCUUUAAAGAACCGUCAGCUGUGGAGCAGAGAUGGCAUUCAUCUCAGCGACCAUCAUGGAAUGCCAAUCCUGGUGGAGCUUCUGUACAUGUCCGGCUAUGGCUAUCUGUUGGAGCCAAAGCAAGCAACAGCUGUGUGGAAAGGACCAGGCAGGAAGGCUUUUGUGUCGGUUCCAAUGGUUCGUCGCAGGGUUCCUCCUUCCUCCCCAAGGCUUGGUGCGUGUGAAGAUGGCUGGACAGUUGUUGGACAAGGCAGAAAGGGGUUCCAACCAGCUGACAACUCUGGUGUUUCAUCCACAAAGGAAGUGGUUCAGACGGAGGAGGACAUAGUGGACUGUUCCAUCGUGCUGAAUCCCGUGUGGUUUAGUAAGGAGCUUCUUCAGACUUUGGGCGAUGGCACCGUUCACAUCCCAGCCCCUGUGUCUGCACCUGGCCCAAAGAAGGCACCAAAACAACGUCACCACCAUCGGUUUGCUGCCAAGAAGACAGCGGAUUUACAGCAGGAAAAGGCUACUACAUCAAUGGCAGUUCCUGGUCCAUCGUCUGCCAGUCUUCCCACAGUGACUCUGAAGGAGGGCAGGACCACUUCAUCGGAUCAGCCACUGGAGCAGCCUGGAAAGGAGAAGGCAUCAGUGACAUUGCCCAGCCCUUCCCUUCCUGAUGUUAGUGAAUGGCCUACACUACUGGACACCGUGAAGGAUCAAGUUGCAAAGCUGCAGUGGACCAAGAAGGAAGUUGAUGUACAACAGGAGGAGGCAGAAUCGGUAUCUCCCAAGCCAUGUUAUUCUCAUGUUGCUGCAAAGCAUCUACUUGACCUCAAGAAGACUGCAACAGUGACAUCGUCCAGCCCUUUCGUUGCUGAUGUAAACGAAGGCUGUGGACCACAGGCCACUGUAAAGGCUGAUGCUGUAAAACUGCAGGAAAGGCUUCUGAUGUUCCAGAAGGGAGAUGGAAUGCAGCAGUCUUGUGAAGUACAUGAGACGACAGUGGAACCUGUGACAGUCAUCACCCCUGCUGUGUCUGCUGUUCCUGCUGCUACUCCUACUGACCACCGGGACCAUGUUGGGGUCAAGGUUUGCUGUGUUUGA